AUGCCCGGCCUUCCUUUGGAAUUCACGGUCACUGGGCUGCCCCGGGCCGAGCGGGCGGAGCUGCCGGAGCUUGCAGCGCGGAUGCGCGCCACAUACUGUCCCGCGCUGAGGGUGGGCUGCACGGCGGCGGUGGUGGUCGACCCCGAUGCCAAGCUGAACUGGACAGAGGGGAAGCUGCUAGCGGCGGCCACCCACUGCAUCCCAGUAGUCUCGUCAGCCUGGUUGACGGAUUCUUUGGUUCACGGCUUCCUCCUGAGCAUGGGUAACUAUGUGGUGGCCCCUACGCGCACCAGCGCCGCCACCACCUCUGUAGCGGCAGUGCCUGGGCCAGUGGCUCCCUCAGCUGCCGCACAGGCCACUGCUGAGGCGCACGUACCGCGGCAUGCAGCCACGCCUGCCAGCCCGGAGAAGCUGCGGGGCGAGGUGCGCCCGCCGCCUGCCAGCCCGCGAGCUGCGCCAUUCCUGGAGCCGUCGGCCACCCCAGCAGCUGGUGGGAGCCCAGCGGGCACAGCUCAACAGCAGCUGCUGCAGCAGCCGAGCCAUGCUCGCAUGCUGGAGGCAGCUGCGGUGCAGGACCCGCUGCCAUCGCCCGCAUCCCCAGCGCAGCAGCGCACUGGCAGCCAGGCCGCAGCGGCGCUGCUCAGCCCGCUCACGUGCUCGCCGCUGCCUCUGCCAGACCUGUCGCCAGACCUGCUGCUGGCUGCUGGCAGCAAGCUGCGGGAGGCAGCCGGUAGCAAUCCACGGACAGCGCCCAGCCCCAGGGCCCAGGAGCUGGAUGCGCUCAAUGCAGAUGAUGAGCGGGAAGAGCGACAGGAGGAUGGGCAGGGGGCAGGGAGCUCGCAGGAGCAAGGGCAGGUGGCACGCGACGGCACACCCAACAGCUGCAGCAGUGACGCGCUGUGGGCAGCCAGAAUGCAGCAGCAGGGGGAGGCAGCUGGGCAGUUGAACGACUCACCCAGCAGCUACAGCGUGGGCGGCACUGAUUGGCUGGGCAUGGACUCCGCUGCCGCCACACCUGCCGACAGCCAGCCAGGCGCGUUCCGACCUGCAAGAACGGCCUCCAUCACCAUGAGCCGCCACCCAUUCGUCACAUUCAACCGCGGCACCAGCAAAGUGAUGCCAAGCAGUCCUGCUGGCACGCCCGCUGGCAGCGCAGCAGGGAAGGAACGAGGCCCAAACGCGACUGGCACAUUCCCCAGCACUUCCCACUUCAGGCUGGGCGGCAGCAGCGGCCUGCUGUGGCAGCUUAGGCGACACAGCGAAGGGGGCAGCAGCCUGCUGGGCUCCCUCAGUGGCACGGGCACACCUGAACGCCCCGGGAGCGCCUCCCAAGGCAGCUUCAGCAGCCGGGGCUCUGGCGGGCAUGUGCUGCAGCCGGGCGGUCAAGAGCUGACUUUUGAGGCAGGGGACCCAGGGCAUGGCGCCAUCAUGCUGUACGACAUUCAGGAUGAUGGGCAGCUGGUGUACGCCAAGACUCUGGUGCAGUCCAUCUACCAGCUGCACGAGGAGGCGUGGAUGGAGCACCGCUACUGCUUCACCAAGCAGGACAUGCUGAGCAGGCAGGAGUGGGCUGCCGCGCUCAAAAACGGCAACGUAAAGUCAGGCAAGCUAAAGCGCUACAGCAUGGCGGAUGGGGAGCUGCUGCUGAGCUCUGGUACCUACCACAGCCCCAUGCACCUCAUCAGUGGAGACUUCUGGCUCACCUUCCCAGGGCUGGUGCGGCAGGGCAGGGGCAAGGGCCAGACGGUGGGGCGGCAGCAGCAGCGUGCAGCGGGCGACGGGGCGAAGGAUGCACCAUGUGGCGGCCAGAAGCUGCCCACCUACACCUGCCGCAAAGGCUUCGACGUGGCGAAGCGGGUUCUUGUCCCGCUGCAGCGAGCGCUGGAGGGCUGGUCCAGCGCAGCCUGA